GAUUGACAGAAAAUGAGGAGUCGGAAUCGGUGCAAGUGUGGCUCUGAUGCUGGGAAGUAUGGGUAUUGCAGCUUGGAAACAAUAUAUAUACAACGGAACCCUGUUAUCGAGGCUUGCGGCCGACGAUGGCUACUUCAGAUAUGUCUACAUAGCUCCGUGGUGUCGCAUUAGUCCAUUUAUGAUCGGACUGGUGUUGGGGGUUUUCUUAAGAAAACGUCAAAGAAAACCAUUUAAGAAGAUGAUUGGACUUGCGGGAUGGACAAUCGCUACUCUAGUUGGUCUGACAUUAAAAUACUCAAAAUACUCCAUGCACAGGGAGGGUGGAGAACCGUGGACUAGACUACAGAACGCCUUAUAUGAGUCUUUAGACCGCCCCUUUUGGGCGUUGUGUGUUGCCUGGGUCAUCAUAGCCUGCCACAAUCAUAUGGGCGGUUAG